AAACCCUAUCCUCUUAUAUACACAUACUAAUAAGAAUUCAAGAAUGGAGGUUUCGGAAUCUGCCCAGCCACUCAAUAAUGCUGAUAAACUAAUCGAUUGCGUUGAGACCUUCAUAUUUGACUGUGAUGGAGUUCUAUGGAAGGGAGAAAAAUUAAUAGAUGGAGUUCCCGAAACUCUUGAUAUGCUCAGGGCAAAGGGAAAGAGGUUAGUUUUUGUUACCAACAAUUCAACAAAAUCUAGGAAACAAUAUGGAGAAAAGUUCAAGGCACUUGGCCUUCAUGUCACCGAGGAAGAGAUAUUUGCAUCAUCAUUUUCUGUUGCUGCUUACUUAAAGUCUAUUGAUUUCCCCAAAGAUAAGAAGGUUUACGUAAUUGGUGAGGAAGGAAUACUGAAAGAGAUCGAGUUAGCUGGGUUCCAGUCUCUUGGCGGGCCGGCUGAUGGUGGGAAAAAGAUAGAACUAAAGCCUGGAUUUGUAAUGGAGCAUGAUGAGAAUGUUGGGGCCGUUGUUGUUGGAUUUGAUCGUAAUUUCAAUUACUACAAAGUCCAGUAUGGAACUUUGUGUAUACGUGAAAAUCCAGGGUGUCUAUUCAUUGCAACGAACCGCGAUGCUGUCACUCAUCUAACAGAUGCUCAAGAAUGGGCAGGCGGCGGUUCAAUGGUUGGUGCCCUAGUUGGAUCUACACAAUGUGAACCACUUGUUGUAGGGAAGCCUUCAACUUUCAUGAUGGACUACUUAUCAAACAAGUUCAAGAUUGAGAAAUCCCAGAUAUGCGUGGUGGGGGACAGACUUGAUACUGAUAUACUUUUCGGAAAAAACGGUGGUUGCAAAACUCUUCUUGUUCUCUCAGGUGUGACAAGUUUAUCAAUGCUGCAAGAUCCCAAAAACGCAAUACAACCGGACUUUUACACGAACAGUGUUUCUGAUCUACUUUCUGUGUAAUCUGCGGCGGUG